AAUUCUCUCUUCUUAUUUUCAGAGAUGCGUUGGAGUGCAGUAUUACAUCGGACUUUGAUGCCAUUAUCAAGUCGGCUGUCCGCUCCUGUUCUCGGAAAAACUCCUAAACGGGUAACAGCAGAUGAAGCUGUUAGUGCGAUUGGAUCAGACACAGAUAUCUAUGUUCAUGCUCAUGCAUCCACACCUACUGAACUACUCGAUGCACUUUGUAAACGGGUUGACACGCAAGGGUUGAGUGAUAUUCGAAUGAUUCAUAUUCUUCUUGGUGGAAGAGUUCCUUGGACGGACAAGAAGUACAUAGGUAAAAUCCGGUCAAAUUGCUUAUUUUUAGAAGGUAGCUUGCGGCCUUUGGUGAAGGAAGGAAAUGCUGAUUACAUACCUAUUUUCCUCUCGGACAUGCCUUCUUUCUUCCACAAUAGAUCAUUUCCUGUUGAUGUCGCCUUGAUAUCAGUCACUCCACCGGAUGACCUCGGCUAUUGUUGCGUAGGUGUAAAUGUUGACACUUCACUGGCGGCAAUAGAAAGUGCAAAAAAGAUUAUUGCCGUUGUCAAUCCAAAAAUGCCUCGUACGUAUGGAAACACUGUUAUUCAUCAGUCACGAAUUGACUCAAUGGUUGAGAUUGAUAGGGAUACCUACGGCAAUCCCGAAGGAAUGCAGAUCACAGAGGAGGAACUAAAAAUCGGUAAAAUAAUAGCUGAAAAUCUCGUCGAAGAUGGUGCUACACUUCAGUUAGGCAUUGGCGCAAUUCCUGAUUCGACAUUGUUGGCAAUGAAAAACCACAAAGACCUGGGAGUGCACACAGAGCUGCUUGGUGAUGGAGUGGUGGACCUCAUCAAAUCUGGGGCUAUUAACAACUCCAAGAAAUCGGUCAUGCCUGGAAAGGUUGUGACAAGUUUUGCAUUUGGCACGCAGAAAUUCUACAAAUUUCUCAACGAAAAUCCGAUGAUUCAUUUCGAUUGCUGUAGCUGGACUAAUCAUUCUGACGUCAUAAGAGCCAAUUCUAAGAUGACUUGUAUCAAUUCUGGCAUUGAGAUCGAUAUCACUGGUCAGAUUUGUUCGGACUCCAUUGGAAAGGCUUUCUAUUCGGGUUUUGGUGGACAAGUAGACUUCAUGACCGCGGCAGCAACCACCUAUGAUGGUCAGGGUAAAGCCAUCAUAGCGCUCACAUCUAGGACCAACAAAGGAAAGUCAAAGAUCUCAACUACGUUAACGGAGGGCGCUGGAGUGGUAACAACCCGAGCUCACGCUAGAUAUGUAGUUACUGAAUAUGGCAUUGCAAGCCUUGGUGGUAAGAAUGUUCGACAACGAGCGUAUGCCUUGAUAAAUAUUGCACAUCCUGAUGAUCGGGAGCGACUAGAAAAGGAGGCUUUCCAACGAUUGAAAUGCAUGCCUUCGCCUUGAUGUAUAUAAUGACCUCAUAAAUAUUUAUU